GUAUGUAUAAAUACAAUAAGCAUAAUGCUAUAAAAGUAUCUUUAAAAGUGUAUCGAAAAUGUUAUUUAUGCAAUAUAACUUAUUUAAUAUGAAUAUGAAAAUUAUUUUUUACAUUACUUUUUUUACUACAUAUGUUUCGAGGACAAUUCAAAUUGAAAAUUCGCCCAUAAAAAAACUCACAGAUGACUCUCGCAUUGUAGGUGGGACAAAAGCAUCAAUUACAGACUUUCCCCAUCAAGUAUCCAUUCAAUUAAAUGGAUUUCAUAUUUGUGGCGGUAGCAUAAUCGCCAAAAAAUGGGUCCUCACUGCAGCUCACUGUAUAUCUGAUUUCCAAUUGAAAUCACUUAAAAUCCGAAGUGGCUCAACAUUUACAACGCAUGGUGGAACAAUUCAUUUAAUUUCCCAAAUAAUAUCACAUGAAUUUUACAAUAGGACAACAAUUGUAAAUGACAUUGCUCUAAUUCGUGUGAAAUCGAGUUUCAAGUGGAAAAAUGUGCGAAGAAAAAUUGCACUUAUUGAUGCAAGGAGUAGAAUAAAAUCUGGUGUUAUGGCGAAUGUUAUUGGAUGGGGAGUGAAGAAAGAGGGAGGUGAAGUUUCUUUGGAUCUGCAGAAAGUUGAAGUUCCAAUAGUAUCAUUUCGAGUGUGUAAAAUUUAUAUGCGAUACAUAGAAAGGGGGCAUAUUUGUGCUGGUUACAGGUCAGGACGUUAUGAUGCAUGUUAUGGUGAUUCGGGCGGUCCCCUUUUGGUAAAUAAUUCACUUGUUGGAAUUGUGUCCUCGGGAGAAGGUUGUGCUCGACCCGGUAAACCAGGUGUUUAUACGGAUGUGGCAUUUUAUCGCGAUUGGAUUCAAAGUAAAAUUACUUGUUAAUUUGCGUAUCAAAAGAUUUCUGAUUAUAUACUUUAAGGUCAUGUUAUUUUUAGAAUUUAUAAAAGAAAAUUCUGAA